AACAGUAUUUCUCCCUCUGACGUCGCAAGCCGAUGACCUUUAAUACAAUCAUUGCACAGAAUAAAUAAAUGAUUACUUAAAAUAAAAAUAAUUCGGGACCAUACAGGAGCCCACAUACCAAUGAUUAAAAGAAACUCAGCUUUGGGACGUUAGAACAGGGUUAAACCGCGAGGACGAGUAACGCACCCUCUCAAAAAUGACGAAAUCUUGGAAAUUUCCACGUAUAUAUUGAUACGAGUCAAUCUAAGAAUGAUAUGACUCCGAUUGAAAUAAAUGAAAAGAAAAACGAAUAAUUUAAAUACAAAAGAGAAAUCAUAAUUCAGAAAAAUAGAUAAAUUCGACUGUUGCAUCAAAAAGGAUGCAUGAAAAGUCAAGAAAUAACGUAAACUAAAUAUUCCAUAAGACAAUGGCCAUGAAAAGUUAUGAAAAAAUAGAAUUUGUUAAUAAACAAUUAACAAACAUUUAUAACAACAAAAUGCAAAUCAGUGGAAAAGAAAGAACGAUCACCGGGGUAAGCACCCACCAAAAAUCUUUUCUUAAUCUUCAUAAACAGUUGAGAUAUUUAUUUUUGAAGUUUCAUACAGACACAUACAAGCCCAUGUAUCCGUGUGUCCACAAAACUUUGGAAAAUUCUAGCGUACGCAUUAUUGAUGAUGGAGAAAUGGUUUCCAUACAAAAGGGACUCCAUAUUCUGAAAACUAUUUAUUUCACUCAUAAAAAUAAUAAAAUUUAUUAACAAAUAUAAUUGUUGUAAACAAAAUAUACAUGAAAUAUUCUACGAACAAUUCACAAAAAUCGUAAAAGGAAGUUCUGUAGAUCCUAAAUAUGUAUUUCAAAAAUCUCUUCUUAAUCUUCAUAAAUAGUGAAGAUAUUCAUUUUUAAACUUUUACACACACCCACACAUACAAACCCAUGUAUCGGUGUGUCCACAAAAACUUUGGAAAAUUCUAGCGUCCGCAUUAUUGACGAUAGAGAAAUGGUUUCCAGACAAAAAAGGACUCCAUAUAUUGAAAACUAUUUAUUCCAUUCAUAAAAAUGAUAAAAAUUAUUAACAAAUAUAAUUGUUGUAAACAAAACGUACAUGAAAAAUCCUGUAAACAAUUCAGAAAAAUCGUAAAAGGAAGUUCAGUAGAUCCUUGAUAUGUAACAAAAAAAAUCUUUUCUUAAUCUUCAUAAACAGUGAAGAUAUUGAUUUUUAAAUAAUUCACACUAUACACACACACUCAAAUCCUUGUAUCGGUGUAUGCAAAUAAAGUUCGAGAAUUGAUAGCGCUUUCCCUAUGGGACAUAUGCAAAAACAUCCCAUAUAGAAACUACGGCAUAAAUUGUGAACUACAAAAAUAUGUAAUAAAAAAUUGUAAAAGUCAAUAGACAAAACUGAAUGUCUAUUGACAUGUCAUUAAGAAUUACCCCUAAAAAAUCUAAAAUUGGCGAAAUUAGUGCAUUUAAAUAACAAGAACAAGAAUAUGAAAGAAAAUUAAACAAAACUCAACAAUUUAAACAUGUCAAUUUUGAUAAAUUAGCGAUCUUAAUUGUAAAUGUUAAUAACCACGAAAUUAAUGAACGAAUUGCUACCGAAAAAUCCAUAAAAAUAGUCCACUGAAUCCUCUAACGACUGAGCCAUUGAUUAGAUUUUUCACGUUAUAAACAACGCCAUUAAAAGUUAAUAAACAUUUUUCAAGGUCAAGUCAAUAUCUCCGAAAGUUGUAUAGUUAAGAAAAUGAAAAUUUAUGGAAAAAUGCUAUAAAAUGUGGACAUUUGAAUGGAUGAAUAAUUGUUCCUGAUUACUGAAAAAUACUAUUGUUAUUAACAAUUGAAAUGUUAUAAAAAAUUGUCAAAAAAGUUUUAAUACUAGAAUCGUAUUUCUAGACCAAAAAUAGGGUCAAAAACGAAUUUUGUCAAAUUUGUCAAGAGACAAUGUCAAUAGACAAAAAUUGCUUAUAGUAGUACCAUGAGGAUGCCAAAAGGAUCCAUUUAAGCUAUAGUGAAAAUCACGUUCAAAAAUUAAUUUUAAAACAGAAAAAUCAUUGUCAAAAUAUCAGAAAUAAUUUUUAAGAAUUAAAAAUGUAAAAAUGAAAAAUGUAAUAAGGCAUAAGAGAAUGUCACAGCAUUAGAUGAGACUACACACAGAACAUAUGAAUACGCAUCACGCGCCAUCCCUACUCUCAGUCAAGUGGAGUUGCACGUUAAACGAAGCAUCCCCACCAUCCCUACUACUGGAUAGCGUGCGCCAACGAUCGACGCGGUGAAUAAUCGGUCAGAGUAGUCUCAGUGCCGCAGAGAAACGGCAGUUCAACUUCAACAUCAGCCAGCAGCAGUCAUCUCUCCGAAGAGCUCCGGGAACAUUAAAUCGACUAAGUUCCAAAUUAUUUUUGGACUUAGAAAAUAUUUCUGAAGUGAACCAACGAUUAAAAAUACAGUUUUCGUUCGAUAUAUAUAUAUUUAUUAAUUUUGUUUCUCUCGGAAAUCCAGAAAAGAAAACGUCAAUAAGUGAAAUCAAAAAAAAAACUUUAUUCAAAAAGACUACAGAAAACGUAUCAUCCAUCCAGCCAAGCAGCCGUCCAGACAGCGACCCAAAGGACUAAUUAUAAAAGAAACAACGAAAUUCAAUUAACCAAAGAUUCACCCACGGUUGGCCUUAUCUCGGAUAUUUACAUUGCAGACAAGGUUUCCAUAAUUGGAAGUCCAGAAUUGAAUAUUCAAGGAAACGCAUACAUCAGAGCUAUCAAUCAAAGUGAUCAAGAUUUGACCUUGCCUACGCCUGUGAUUAAGAUGGGCCAGUGUAGUUGGUUAACAUGUAGAGGAGAGACUGAUGCACAGCGCGAACUGAUCCGCGAAAACAAUUUUCAAGAAGAGCCUAAUUCUCAUAUUCAAAAACUCGACUAUCUAAGUCACAAGCCAAAUUGGUUCGCAAGUCCACCUCUCGAUACUAUUCCCAUUAAUGUAGUCUCAAGCGAUAAACUCACUGCUGAACGUGCAAAAUCUAUACAAAACCUCCUCUAUCUCGAUCAUUUGACUGAAACAGAAAAUACUGUAAUUACUGAACUCAUUAGCCAACACCAAGACCUUUUUGUUCUUAAUGGCGAAGCUUUAGGUGCUACAAAUGCUAUUUUUCAUCAAAUUAAUACAAUAGAUGACGUACCUGUAUUCAAACGACAAUAUAGAUUCCCUCCUAUUCACAAAGACGAAAUUAUAAAACAAUGUACAGAAUUAGAGGCAAGAGGUAUAAUUAAACCAUCCGAUUCGCCCUAUAGUUCUCCCAUUUGGAUAGUUCCGAAAAAGGAAGAUUCCUUAGGAAAUAAAAGAUGGAGAAUGGUAAUUGACUACCGAUCUCUCAAUGAAAAAACCAUCGGGGACGCCUACCCUCUCCCAAACAUUAAUGAAAUAUUAGACCAGUUGGGAAAUGCCCAAUAUUUCUCAAGCUUUGACCUUGCUAGUGGAUUCCAUCAAAUCCCUAUUCAUCCUAAUGACACACAUAAAACCGCAUUCUCUACACCCUAUCAGCACUAUGAGUUUACGCGCAUGCCCUUCGGUCUCAAAAACGCACCCCCAACAUUCCAAAGAAUGAUGGAUAAAGUCCUAAUUGGAUUACAGGGUAAAGAAUUAUUCGUCUACAUGGAUGAUAUAGUGAUCUAUUCUCAGACUCUUGAAGAGCAUGUUCGAAAGUUUCAAAAUUUAAGUGAGCGCUUACGAAAGGCUGGUUUGCAACUCGAACCGGAUAAAUGUCACUUUUUAAAGAAAGAGAUCAAUUAUCUGGGACACAUUAUAUCAUCUGAUGGAGUACGUCCGGAACCAAAAAAAUUAACAGCUGUCCAAAAUUUUCCAAGACCAACCAAUCAGAAAAAUAUCAGACAAUUUCUUGGCCUAACCGGGUAUUACCGUCGAUUCAUCCCAAAUUAUGCAAAAAUCGCCAAACCUUUAACCUCUCUCCUAAUGAAAGACAAGAAAUUUCAAUGGGGCGACGAGGAAAACAAAGCCUUUAGUAAUUUACGGAACGCGCUGUGCAAAUCUCCCAUACUGCAAUAUCCAGAUUUCACCAAGGAGUUUGUAAUCACGACAGAUGCUUGCGGAUACGGCAUUGCCGGAAUUCUCAGUCAAGGAGAGAUUGAUGACUCUAAAAAGGAUGAUGACGGCUAUUCUCGUCCUGUUGUUCAUCAACACCCAGGAAAUUAAUGGAUUAGUAGGUUAUGAUUGUAGUGGGUCUACCUUAAACAUCACCUCGUAUUCUCUACUCCAGGUGGGGCAAUGUCACAUCCCCCUUGUUAAACCCAAAUCAACAAAUGUCAACAUCGAACUUAUGCAACUUAACAAAUAUGGACAAAUUACGGUCGUAGAAUGUCGAUUACAAUUAGAUCGAACAAUUCACCGUUGCGGAAUGUUUUCCCAUGUAGCAAUAGUGCACAAUUACCGCAGGGAAUAUUUCGUUGAGCUGGAACAACACGAAUGCCAAAAAUUACAUGAUUCCAACUCACUACAGAUAUCACACAACAUUGUAGUCGAUGCACUAGUUAAAAAUAUCACCAAUCUUAGACCAAUCACAAUAGCCGGUAAAGCCGAAGUUGACGGCACAUGUCAAGGAAGCCAGUAUAAUGACCCAUUUGGGAAUUGGGACGAAGUCAUUGUCAACGCAAUAGCGCGAAUCUACUACACUUCAUAUGUCACCACUGUCGAAUUAAUAUCCAACAAAGUAACCCUUCAAUCGGGAGCCAAAUGCGAUUUUUUGGCGGGGUCUUGUACAAACUCUCUUGGCACUCAGGCCUUUUGGUCAGUCCAGCCUCCAGACGACUGUAAAUUCGGAAAAUACACAACGCUAUAUCGAGGAUCAGCUACGAAGAUCGAAUCAGACAACAGUAACCCGACCACUUAUUUAGUUACCACUAGAGACUAUACUUUCACAUUGGAGCAAAGAUCUAAGACAUUAACCUGUGGCUACCUUUUGAUCCAAACUGAAUUACCAAAAUUAUUUAUUAUGGAAGUUUCUCCGGGAACCACUUUCCCCACAAAUAAGAUUAUCAAUACCGAUAAUGUGGACUUAAUGCAAUAUGUUAACACGAAAAUUGUAUACCUCGAACACCACCUUAGAACUCAAGUUAGGAAGCUGUAUCACUAUAUUCGUCUCAGUCAAUGCGAAGCCCAAAGAACCUCAUUAAUGAACGCCCUUAGCACAGCGUCAUUUGCACCUGAUAUAUUUGCCUAUAACCUCAUGAAAGGCCCGGGUUAUCAUGCAAUAACAACAGGAGAAUUGGUUUCCAUUGUCAAAUGCACGGCAGUACCAGUCACCCUCAGAAAGAGUGAAAAUUGUUACCAAGAAAUGCCAGUUACUUACAACAACGAAAGUUACUUUCUAACCGGAAUAUCGAGAAUGUUGAUUAGACAUGGAACGGUCAUUGACUGCCAUUCAGCGAUACCUACAGUUUAUAGAAUUGAUGGAUAUUGGUAUGCACUGAACCCUGACCCAAUGAAAACCCCAACGCCUGCAACCUUUAACCCUUCUCUACCAAUAGAAUGGGAAUAUGAAAAAAUAGAAAAUUUAGCAACUAGUGGAAUUUAUAGCGAAACAGAUAUGGAAAAAUUACGUGACCGACUAUUAACUCGAGCAGAAGCCGCCACUGUAAUGAAUAAUCUUGUCAGCGCCGCCAAUGGUAAUGAACUGCCAGCCGGAACUAUUUCAAUGAAACACCUUUUGAGUAGGGAGAUGGUAGAGGAAAUGACGGAAUCAGCAGCUUAUAAGACGUGGGAAAAACUCAAAAUAUUUGGGAAUACAGUAUCGAUUCUUAUAGGAAUUGUCACUAUUAUCCACGUGAUAAUUGGCAUUGCUAAUGUGUUCAUACAUGGUUUUACGCUACACGAUGCAUUCGGAUGGAGCUUCCGUAUCCUUGGAGCUUUAUUUGGAGGACUUACACAUUAUUUUAUAUACAGAACACGUCGAAACCAAACGAAUAAUUUACCAGAAAACAUCGAAGCUCAACCUCUUAACACGGAGAUGAGAACACACACCCGGAGAACCACGCCAUUGAACACUAUAACUACAACAAGUGAACUGCCACGAGCCACCCUUCCUAAUCCGAUUAAUCCGCAAUUACUAUCGCAAGCACGUAUAGCUUUAAGUACUGCCCCAACUAACACAAACUAGUAGAAGUAUUUGUUAAUAACCAUUCUACAUAGUGCCAAUAAAUAGAAAAAUAGCCACUCAGAAAUCAACAGUGGAUUCGAUGCUGAUCAAGGGGAAAUAUAUUAUAUGUCUUCCUACUCGUCCGAAAUCGUGAUGGUCCACAACUAUCUUGCACG